AUGUUAAACAAAGAAUUCAAAAUAUCCUUCGCAGGAUCUCAACAUUUAGAAGAAUUGGAAUUAAAAGCAAAUGAAGUGUUAAUGAAACACAAAAACGCUGAAUUAUCAUCUGGAUAUCAUCAUCCUGGAUAUUAUCCUACAUUACAAAACAUCCCAAACUUCAUAAAACAAGUACAAACGUCAAAAAUCUUCAAAAUAUUGAAAGCGAUGCCAAAAGCCGGAUUAUUACACAUUCACGACACUGGAAUGACAUCUGGCGACUAUAUUUUCAACCUAACAUAUCGCAAAAAUUUGUAUAUUUGUUGCCAUGCGGGUGGAAAAGUCUCUUUAAGGUUUUUCAAUCACCCAGACACAAGUUGCAACUGGAAAUUAGUAAAAGACAAACGUGCAGAUCCAUUUUUCGACGCGCAUCUACGCGAAAAAUUAACCUCACUUAAAAGAAUCCCAGCGAGAGAUUCGCAUGAUUUCGGUGAGAUGGCGUUGGAACUCUUUGACCUGGUUUAUGAUUUAGUAAGUUACAAACCCAUAUUUGAAGAUUAUGUUUAUGAAAUGUUGCUUGAGCAUUACAUGGAUGGAAUACGUUAUGUUGAAGUCCGCGCAGCUUGUGAAUGUUUAUACGACGCUGAUGGUAAUAUUUAUGAUUAUGAUCAUAUUGUACAAAUUUAUUUAAAAGUCUUAGAGGAGUUUAAAAAUGAUUUUCCUGAUUUUUAUUCUCUAAGAAUUAUUUAUUCUGUUGAUCGUCGUGUUUCCAAUGAAGAAUUAGAAGAGCGUUUAGUGAUUUACGAGAAUUUGAAACAAAAAUACGGCUAUUUCAUCGCUGGACUCGAUCUGUUAGGACGAGAGGAUGAAGGAAGGACCCUCAAAGAGUUUGUUCCACUGCUCUGGCCACUAAAGGAAUCCGCAAGUAUUCAAUUCUUCCUCCACGCUGGCGCAACUAAUUGGUACGGUGGUCCAUCCGAUGAGAAUAUCGUCGACGCGCUGAUGCUCGGCAGUAAACGCCUCGGACAUGCGACCGCGUUGUCCAAGCACCCGAAAUUGAUGCAGAUGGCCAAACAGAAGGAUAUUGCGAUUGAAGUAGCGCCGCUGAGCGAACACAUCGUCGGACGGUCGGUGGAUGCACGUGCACAUCCGGCGGCUGUGAUGGCAGCACUCGGCGUCAACUUUGUCAUCUGCAACGACAUGCCGGGGUUGUGGGGCGUUGAGGCGGUGAGCUACGAUUGGUAUUUGGCUUUUAUGGGGUUUGCGAGCGCGAGGGAUGAUCUGCGGUAUUUGAAAAAGCUCGCGUUGAACUCGAUUGAAUAUUCGGCGUUGGAUAAGCAGGAGAAGGGCGAAUUGAGGGAAAUUUGGACCAGGGAAUGGAUUUAUUUUAUUCAUAGAUUGGCGAAUGGGGAACUCAUCUAG